GGAUCACUGAUUUCUCCUUGGACUUUUUUAGUAGAGAAUACCCUUUGCCAUUCUCAUUCACAUUCAAUUCCAUCCCAUUCUCGGCUGACAGGAAGAGGCAGUUCAGUAGUACAUACGAGCUUGGCCCUGCCGGAUCUUUGCCGAGGGCCAUUCUUUAGCUUCGUGGACCUUGCUUGCCCAGUUCAGUGCCCGUUGCAUCAAAAUCCUCCCACCACCUUCCUAAUAUCGGAGCGUCUUCUAGACCACUUCGAUUCCUCAGCAAUCGUCAUAUAACUUUUUCCUCCUACCUCCCAAUCCUCUUCUCACCUUGGUCAGGUUUUCGCAAGUGUUCUCAAGUUACAAUGGCACCAAUUGGCGACGACGUUGCGCAGAAGGUCUUGGACUCGAUUCAAGAUCUCCAGUCGAGGAUCAAGAAGCUCGAGGAUGGCAUACACAAUAAGACGACCAGCGCGCCUGCUGAAAGCGUCCGAAUGGUUCUGAUGGGUCCUCCUGGCGCUGGUACGUGAGGUUUCUGGCUGGGGAAUGGGAAUUCUUGAGAAACACCGGCUAAUAUACAGUCAACAGGCAAGGGAACUCAAGCACCAAAGAUCAAGGAGAAAUUCUCGUGCUGCCACUUGGUACGUAAUGGAUAAAACUCCCGUCCAGAUCUGGGCGCAUUUCUGACAUGUUGAGAAGGCCACCGGGGAUAUGUUGCGAUCGCAAGUUGCGAAAAAGACACCUUUGGGCCGGGAAGCCAAGAAGAUCAUGGACCAAGGUGGACUCGUGAGCGAUGAGAUUGUUAUCGGCAUGAUCAAGGCGGAGCUCGAUACCAACUCGGAGUGUCAAGGAGGGUGAGUUUGUUGUGCGCUGCUAGUUUCGGGGACACAGGCUAAUUUGGUGCUAGUUUCAUUCUGGAUGGCUUCCCACGAACGGUAGUGCAAGCAGAACGUUUGGAUUCCAUGUUGUCGGCGCGAAACCAGAAGUUGCAACACGCUGUAGAGCUUCAAAUCGAUGACGGACUACUUGUAUCUCGGAUAACUGGUCGUCUGGUCCACCCCGCAUCUGGCCGAUCAUAUCACAAGAUCUUUAACCCACCAAAGGAGACCAUGAAGGAUGAUAUCACUGGCGAGCCUUUGAUUCAACGAUCUGAUGACAAUGCCGAGGCUUUGAAGAAGCGACUCGUCACAUACCACGAUCAAACCGCGCCUGUUGUUGGUUAUUAUCAAAAAACCGGUAUCUGGAAGGGAAUCGAUGCCAGUCAAGAACCAGGACAAGUUUGGAGAAGUCUUCUUGGGGUUUUUGAUCAACAAAAGCCAAAGGCUGGAGGUUUACUCAGCAAGAUUACUGGCCACUGAUUUGAUCUAGAAGAGGGGAAUUGUGCCAGCUAAGAUUUGCAUAGAGUUCAAAGGUUUUUAACGGUUAUUGGCCGGCGGGAUGAUAUCUUUGCAUCACUUGCAAUAGGCGGAUGACUGUACGACUAUGAACACAUGGGUAUCACGCCCAUUUCCAAGGGAUGAAAUCUACUGUAUUAUACACCUGGUUUUCGUGUAAACUGCAUCAAAAAAAGUUAAUGCCUCAUUACAGUAUAUUUUGAUCCGUCAUUGAUGGUCCAAUAUCCGAUUUACAUAAAAUCCAUUGCUUUCAAUAAAAGGAAAAGCACUCCUCAGCGACUUCGGGUCUUUCAACUCGGGUCUUUCAAUAAUUACGGGUACCCUGCAGUAUCUCUGUGCUACUGAAUGUCCCCCGUAAUUCCUGAUUAUCCACACUAUUAUGUUUUAAAACAACUGUUGUUAUUUUGAGAAUCAGUCUUGUAGUUGAGUACCGUACUAGCAAUGCAAAUA